AUGGAGAAAAAGGGAUGCAGCUCGUUGGAGGCAGAAGUGAGGAAAGGGCCAUGGACAAUGGAGGAGGACUUGAUACUCAUCAACUACAUAGCCAACCAUGGCGAAGGUGUCUGGAACUCCCUUGCUAAAGCCGCUGGGCUGAAGAGGACGGGGAAGAGUUGCAGGCUGAGGUGGCUCAACUACUUGCGGCCGGACGUGAGGCGAGGGAAUAUCACCCCUGAAGAACAGAUCUUGAUCAUGGAGCUUCAUUCCAAGUGGGGGAACAGGUGGUCGAAGAUAGCGAAGCAUCUGCCAGGAAGGACGGACAACGAGAUCAAGAACUACUGGCGUACGAGGAUUCAGAAGCACCUCAAGCAGGCCGAUCAGCGGUUUCCGGCGGGUCAGCAGCAGCCGGGAAUCGGGUCGGACCACCCCCAUUGCAUGAACAUGGGCAGCUCGAGCCAAGUCUCUGCUGACACCAUGGAGAUGGAUUACUCGCCGCCUGCUUACCACCACCACCCUCUUGAGGCCUUCCCGGCCGGAGUGGGUGCCACCAUGACCAUGGCCGUUGGCGGGUCGAGCAGUUCCACGGCGAACAUGCCGCCACCGCCGCCGCCUGAGUCGGCUGAAGGAGGGUACUGGAGCAUGGAGGAGCUUUGGUCCAUGCAGCUGCUCAAUGGAGAAUGA